AUGAGGAGGCAGUUUCCUCUGGAACAGUCGCUCUGCAACAGUGGUCGGAAACUACAGGCCGGAGGGCCAGAGGGGGACAUCCGGCGAGCUGCAGAGGCAGGUAUCGCUGAAACAAUCCAGGGUUUAAAAGAAAGCGGCGUCCUUGAACCCUCCUACGCAGAGUGGAACACACCUAUUCUACCUGUACAAAAACCAGGUACAGACAAAUACUGUAUGGCACACGAUCUGAGGGCCAUCAAUAAAUUAUUGAUCACUCAGACCGUGCUGGUUCCAAACCCAUACGUGGCGUUGAAUAAUCUGACACCAAAACAUGAAUGGUUUAGCUGCCUAGACCUUGCAAACGCAUUUUUCUGUCUUCCUUUGGCUGAAGACUGCAGGGACAUUUUUUCAUUCACCUUUCGUGGUGAACAGUUACGAUACACAAGACUACCUCAAGGGUUUGCGCUGUCGCUAGGCAUCUUCAAUCAAGUGUUAAAACAAGUUUUGCGCGAGGUAAUGCGCCCAGAAGAAAUAGUACUUGUUCAAUAUGUAGACGAUCUGCUCAUAGCUAGUCCCACUGUACAAGAUUCAUUAGAAGCUACUAAAAAGGUUUUAGAACACCUACAUGCAGCAGGUUUUAAGGUCAGUAAAAACAAACUACAGGUGACUAGGCGUCAAGUGUCUUUUUUGGGGAGAAUGAUCUCGCAGAAAGGGGCGGGACUCUCAUUCACACAUAACACAAUUUUACAUCAUCCAAAACCGCAGACAGUUAAAGAAAUGCUCUCAUUCCUAGGACUGACGGGGUACAGCAGAAAUUACAUUCAAAAUUAUGCAGGCCAAACCCAGAUGUUACGCGCUUUAGUUAAAGAACAGGGCAUGAGAUGCCCCACUGCCAGACUGGUUUGGAAUGAGGAUGCUGAGAGGGUUUUCAUUGAAGUGAAACAACAGAUGAGUAGGGCUACAGAGUUAGCUCUGCCAGACUAUGGUCGACCCUUCCAUCUGGAUGUUUCUGAAACAGAAGGGGUGAUUAACGGUGUUCUGUUUCAGAAACAUGAGGGAGAAAGGAAAGUUUUGAUGUAUGUCAGCUGUUUAUUGGACAACACAGAAAGGAGACAUCCCCCGUGCACGCAACACGCAGCAGGAGUGGCUAAGCUAGUUCAAAAGACAGCUCACUUGGUGAUGGGACACACACUGCAUGUUUUGACAUCUCGUAGUGUGGUUGCCUUUGUAAAUUCACAUAACUUCACCAUGUCACCAUUAAGACAACAUAGAAUAAACAAGGUCCUGGAAGCACCUAACUUGUUAUUCACACAUGAGGGAAUUAACAUGGCAGACAGGAUAGGAGGAGGUGAACCACACAUCAUUGAGAGAAGAGUGGAAGUUGAUGACAGAGUCAGGCCAGACUUAAAAGCUACACCUCUUGGAGAGGGACAGGUGAUGUUUUGUGAUGGAAGCUGUUUCAGGGCACAGGAUAGACAGCUCAGUGCAGGCUUUGCGGUUGUGCUUGAGACAGACCAGGGUUAUCACACUGUAGUGAGCGAGAGAUUACAGGGUUCUCAGUCGGCGCAGAGAGCAGAAGUGAGAGCCUUAAUUUCAGCACUAAAGUGGGCGGAAAGCAAGAAAGUGACUAUCUUCACAGACUCAGUGUAUGCUUUUGGUGCAGCGCAUGUUGAACUGGUGCAGUGGAGGAGAGGAGGUUUUCGUACAGCUAACGGUAAACCUAUUAAACAUGAGGCAGACAUGAGAGAAUUAGAAACAGCCCUGAUGUUACCAGCAAAAGUUGCCAUUGUGAAAUGUCGAGGUCAUGAUUCAGAUUCAUCAAACAUAGCAAAAGGAAACUGUCAAGCUGAUUUAGAGGCAAAAAAGGCCUCAGGAUUUAUCAACUGGAGUCAGAUGGUGAUGACAGCACCAGAAGAAGAGGAGGUGAUCAGAUGGGAUGAGGAAUCCAUCGCCUGUUGCCAACAAGGUGCAGCUCCAGAAGAAAAGGCGGUGGGGAGUGAAAGAGGAGCUGAAAAUAGACCAGAUGGAUUGUGGAUAAACCCUGAAGAUGGAAGAUGGGUACUUCCUCUGAGUCUGAAGAGGAGAAUUUUCGAGGAGGCACACGGACUGGCUCAUGUAGGGGUACACCAGAUGAAAAGGAAUGUCCUCAACUGGUGGCACCCGUAUAUGAACUCUUUGAUCAGAGCAUUUGUGAAAGAAUGCAUGUUAUGCAAUUUGUAUAACUCCAAGCCAACCUUUAAACCAUGGGAACAAGGGAAGUUUCCUACGGAAAAGACACCGGGUCAUGAGGUAAUAAUUGAUUACACUGAUAUGAUUCAACCAGUACGAGGUUUCAGAUACCUAUUGGUUUGCGUCGACGCAUUCACCGGAUGGCCAGAAGCCUGGCCCGCUAAAAAGGAGGAUAGUCAAACUGUAAUCAAGUGUUUAAUAAAUCAUUACAUCCCCAUACAUGGGUUCCCUACUGUAAUUAGGUCCGAUAAUGGAACUCAUUUCAAAAAUGCAGAUCUACAGAAGGUUGAAAAGGCCUUGGGUUUGAAGCAUGCUUUUGGUACAGUUUACCACCCCCAAUCGCAAGGGAAGGUGGAACGAUUGAAUGGAAACCUGAAACAAAAAUUAUCAAAAAUCUGUGCACAGACAAAUUCCAAUUGGCUGGACGCGUUACCUAUCGCCCUUAUGGUGGUAAGAGCUUCUGUUAACAGGGGUACAGGUUUCACCCCUUAUGGACUGACCACAGGAAGGUCGUUCCCAGGGCCCCAGCAAAAUAUUGAGUGGCCCUCAGAACAGAUAUCUAAAAUGACACACAAAAUGUACUUUGAUACACUAAAAGGUAUGUUGUCCAGUUUUCAUCUACAGAUUCCUGAACCCAGUACUCCGGACGGAGUAAGCCCCACGUGCCCACUCUCAGAUUGGGUACUGCUGAGAGUCACUAAACGAAAGUGGGCGGAGCCAAGGUGGACGGGCCCAUAUGAAGUGAUGGAACGCACAGCAUACGCAGUACGUUUGAGAGGUAAAGGAUCCACUUGGUUUCAUGUCAGCCAGUGUGCACCUGCGGGCGAACCACAACGAUCGCUGUAG